AUGGUACCGUUGUUUGGGUUGCAAAAUAGACAAACCCCAACUCACGCGAUUCAUCUGGCCCUUUUUAAGUUAAACGGACCAAAUUUGGCUUCUCGUUCUGCUCAAAUCAGAAUAAUAGAUUCAUCUGGCCUUUUAAAGUUAAACGACAAUGGGCUUCUCGUUCUGCUCAAUCAGAAUAAUACAAUAAUUUGGUCUUCCAAUUCAUCGAGGGUGAUAACUAACUCAGUUGUGCAGCUUUUAGAUUCAGGAAAUCUUGUUAUCAGAGCCGAAAAUGAUCUAAACCCAGAAAAUUUCUUGUGGCAAAGUUUCGAUUAUCCUGACAGAACAUUUCUACCAGGAAUGAAGAUCGGAACUAUAGCAAAAGGCUUGGAUAUACGUCUAUCAUCAUGGAAGAGCGAAGAUGAUCCUUCUCCAGGUAAGUUUACAUAUCAGAUUGAUCCCAGAGUCUUAGAGUUAGUUAUCAAAGAAAAUUCAGCUGUCAAGAAUCGAUAUGGGCCUUGGAAUGGUGUUCAAUUUAGUGGGCUAAAUUAUUUGGAACCAGGCACGCUUUUUAAAUAUACUUUAGUUUUAAACCAGAACGAGGGAGAAUACUAUGUUAUUGAUGACCCUGUUAACAGAUCAGAUUUUACAAGGCUGGUUCUGAAUGUUGAUGGUAAGACAAGCCGGUUCAUAUGGAUUGAUCGAACUGGCGAUUGGAGUGUGUACGGAUCUACACCAAUAGACGACUGUGAUGCUUAUGCAUUUUGUGGUGUUUAUGGCAGUUGUGACAGUAGAAAAACACCUAUUUGUAGUUGUCUGGAUAGAUUUGUGCCCAAAUAUGAAAAAGAUUGGGAUGGAGGUGACUGGAUAGGUGGAUGUGUUCGAAGAAUACCGUUGGAUUGCAAGAAAGGAGACAAGUUUAUAACGUACUCCAAUGUUAAACUGCCUGACACGAAAAAUUGGUCAACCAAUGCAAGCUUGACGCUAGAAGAAUGUAAGACGUUAUGCUUGAAAGAUUGUUCUUGCAUGGCCUAUGCAGUUUCAGAUAUAAAAAGAGGGAGUGGAUGCUUCUUUUGGUAUGGUGACCUUCUUGACAUUAAACAAUUAACUAAGGAUGGGCAAGAUCUUUACAUUAGGAUGGCUUCUUCUGAAACAGAUGAUAAGGAUCCAAACGCUAAUGGGAAGUCAAAAACGAAGGUCAUAGCGGCCAUUUUUUCAGUUGCUGGAGUGAUCUUCCUAGGCCUGGCGUUCGCAAUAUUUGUUAGGAAAAGGAAGCAGCGGAAAUACAGGACAAUGAUAGCCAAUCUGGAAAGAAGUGCAAAUAACAAUAAUAAAAGGGAAGACCUAGAAUUACCACUCUUUGAUCUGGGCACUAUUGCUUCUGCCACCAAUAAUUUCUCCUUCUCCAGUAAACUCGGGGAAGGAGGGUUUGGACCAGUUUAUAAGGGAGUGCUGAAAAACGGGCAAGAAGUGGCUGUGAAGAGGCUAUCAACAAAUUCAAAACAAGGAGUUGAUGAAUUCAAGAAUGAAGUUGUGUAUAUUGCUAAACUUCAACACCGAAAUCUGGUGAAACUACUUGGAUGUUGCAUACAAAAAGAUGAAAUGAUGUUGAUCUAUGAGUUCAUGCCUAACAAAAGCUUGAUGAAAUGA